AUGCCGGUGUUUCUCCGCUGGCCGGGGCAGCUCCUGGCAGCGAUGGUGGUUGUGCUGCAGCCGGCUGGGAGUCUCGAGGUUCAGUGUCCCGCCCCAGAUAUCACACACGGACAGCUGAAACCUGCACAGAACUUCACCUACGGCAGCACAGCCACGCUCGAGUGCGAUGCCGGCUACAUCCCCGUGGGUGCCACCACCAUCGUGCGGUGCCUGAGCAACGGCAGAUGGCAUCCACGGAUGCCCGCCUGCAUCCUGGGUCACUGUCCCUACCCUCCUGCCAUCGACCACACGGACCGAAACCCUCAGCGCGAGUUUCCAGUCGGGACAACCGUGACCUACUUCUGCAGAUCUGGAUACACUUUGCUCCCCGAUGUAUCUCCAGUAACUACUUGUCUUAAAAAUUUCACAUGGUCCGAAAUCCCAAAGCUUUGCCAGAAGGUGCAGUGUCCCAACCCGACUAUCCACCACGGGAGAGAGAUCAGCCCCAGGAAAGCCGAAUACACCUUUGGGAACCAGGUGGAAUUGCAGUGUGACCCUGGCUAUGUGCUGAGGGGCAGCCAGAGGAUCCAGUGCUGGUCUGACGGGACGUGGAGACCCCCCGUGCCGUACUGUGACAAGGUUUGUGGUCCGCCUCCAAAAAUCACCAAUGGGCAGCACUCUGGCUUGAAAACGGAGCAGUUCCCCUACGGCUUCGGAGUAAAGUACAGCUGUGUGGAUGGUCUGUCCCUCAUUGGGGACGACUCCAUCUACUGCACCUCCGACGACGGGGUGAACCUGGAGUGGAGUGGACCUGCCCCGGAGUGCAGGAUGGUUCGGUGCCCCAAGCCCACAGUCGAGAGGGGAAGGAUGACUCCGCAGAUGUUCACGUUUCCCUACGGGGCGGCCGUGCGGUUCUCCUGUGACGAAGGCUUCAUGCUGCACGGCGAUGCUGAGAGCCGGUGCCUGGCCGACGGUACCUGGCACCCUCCCCUGCCCACCUGCCAGCCAGUUCUGUGUCCACAACCACAAGUGGCCAAUGGAAUGCUGAAAAGCACCUUGGAUGGUAAAAUGUGGUACCAAACAAACGCGACUGUUACUUUUGAAUGCCUUCACGGAUACCACUUUUCAGAUGAUGGAGACGUGUCUUCAGAAGAGUCUUGGACAGCCACAUGCUUGCCUGAUGGCAACUGGACACCAUUGCCCAAGUGUAAGAAAGAAGGUGAUGUUGAUGUAUGCGAAGAAGUUCAUUAUGUUAAAACGGUCUUUCAAUGCGGUGUGCCUAUAGCAGAAGUGAAAACUCUGCUGGAAAUACAAAAACUGUUUCUGGAGAUUAAAAAACUAAAGGUGGAACUAGAAAACCUGAAUGACUGA